CUUUACUUUGAAGGUGACACAGGAAGCAGCGGUGUGUGAGUCAGCUCGGUGUUGCCAGCGCAGACAGCGUCAACGUCUCUACCUGCGGGCUGCUGAACGGCUGUUUUCGCUUUUCCUUCUCGGACUUUAAGACGACUAUCGCAACUGCUGUGUGUUGGACAGGAACAAUACAGUCUGUGGAGGGAGACAUGCCGACCUUACCUGGUGCUUUAUGACAACUAAAGGAUGAACUCUUUACCUCUUGUUCUAUAUCUGUUGUACCUGUUUGAUUCUGGUGUCUUUGUACCUUGUGCUUUCUUUGUAGCUCAGAUUGCGUCACAUGUUCACACAGUGCUCAGUUCCCUUCCUGCUCCUGUCAAUGUUUCUGUCGACUCAGUCAACUUCCGCCAUGUCCUGCGUUGGGAUCCUGGGCCCGGCACCCCACCAGGAACACAGUACAUGAUCAUCAGGAGGGUAAAAGGGAAAAAUGGGAAACCGCUACCACAUAAUGUAACACAGACAUCAUUAAAGCUGAGGCUUCACCACUUCAAAACAUAUUACCUGAUGGUCCAGGCAUCCUACAACCAAACCCUGUCACCGGAGUCCAGCAAAGUCGUCUUCACCCCUUUUGAAGACACUAAAAUAGGUCCUCCACAACUCUCACUGACUGGAUGUGGCAACUGCAUUCAAAUCAACAUUUCACUGCCUGAGGCAGACGGACAGUCAGGAAUCCCUGACAUCCAGGAAUUAUACGAUGCUGAUUUCAGAGUCUCGUGGAGGAAACAUAACGCAACAGUGGAGUCCUUCAAAACAAAAGACAGGAAUUUAACAAUUGAGAACCUACAGUAUGGUAUGGAGUACUGUGUGCAGGUGCACACAGAAGCUUAUCUGAACAAAAACACCAUGCCUUCUGACUGGAAGUGCACCUUCACUAGCAUUGUGGAGCGGAGCAGAGGCCCUCUUGUUGUAGGUUCAGUUGCUGCUCUUCUGAUGUUAGUUGUUGGUGUCCUGAUGACCUCCAUGUUUUGCCUCUACUACACUGGACUCCUUUGUAAACAGAAACUGCACAGAGCAUUAAUUAUGACUCAGUACCGAGACAACAUCCUGACAACAGAGAGAAUAAUCCCUGAUCCGAUCUCCAUCAGCUCAGAGAGCGACAAACGGAGGAAGCACAACAAUCCCACUCUUCCACAACCUGCCACCAGGGGCGCUAACGCGGAGGGGGAGGGGGAAGAGGAAGGGACACAUGUCUACAUGGAUAGACCUCAACAGCUUUCCUCAGGUGAAAGCUCCUGUCGGGACUCUGUUUAUGUGGCGGGGAAGAGCGGGCCGGGUGCACCGGGGGACUCUGUUUUGACAAUGGAGGCGGAGGUACCGGACGCAGAGUUUGAGGUUAAGGUCACACAUGUGGCGCUUGAUCAAGAUGAGGCCAAAGGUGAAGGAGCAGAGGUUUCCAUACCUGGGGUGGUCCAGGGGCAUGUCAUAGAUACGGUGGAGGAGGAGGAGGAGGGGAAGGAGGAGGUGGAGGUGUGUGACAGCUCAGGCAAUAUCAAUCUGUUCUCUGUCACCCUCGCUGCACUGGCUGUGUGUGAGAAAAAGGAGAAAGAAGUGGAGAAUACAGAAGACUCUCUCACAGAGUUUUUGAAACCAUCCAAUCAGGAGCCUUUACUACCCACGGGUUUAAAGUGGACUUUGAGCCACACAGACUUUCCAACUGAGUCAGAUGAUCAAACAUCUGUGCCAUUAAUGUUACCUACACAAGAAGACUUUACUGGGUUUGAAGGCAGACGUGCAGACACUUUGUCUGACUGGUGUGAUGAUUAGACACAGGAGGAGGAGGAAUAUAUAAGACACACAUGAUAUGUUGAUGUAUGAGUAUCAUUAAUGAAUUUCUUCCCAAUAGGUACAUUGCUUUUUAUUAAAGGAAAAGUCCAACUGAAAUAUUAGCAGAAGUUAGGGAGGUUGAUUUUGUUGUUUUAUUCAUAAGGAAAGGCAAGGCCUCAGCACAUCAACACAUUUCCCCUGCAGCUAUAAUGUCAUAGCAGCCACCUGCAUUUUGACAGUUUUUGAAGGCAGCAGAGAUGCAUAAUGCUUCAAUUAACUCAUCAUCCAGUCUUUUGCUUAUUACCACUUCUAUUCAGUUAUUUAGAAAGAAAGUGUAUUUCAAGACCAGUCCAUUUUUGAAUUACCAAAUCUCAGAGUACAAUGCCAGAAAAGUUAAGGAAAGCUAAAUAUUUAUCUGCAUCAUCAGUCUGAAAGAUGAAAUGGAAACAAACAGCAUUUUGCUAAUGUUUGAAAAAAUGCUGACAUGCCUCAAUAUUAAACUUCUGUAGUAUUUACCAGUCUCCACUAUAAGUCCUGACUGUAGGUGAUGAGCACGUGGUUCUUGCAAAUCCUCAGUCCUCAUUGUUUUGUUUACUUUUGCAAGCUGCUAUAUUUGUGCGCCCAUUCACCUUAUGCAAAGUAAAAUCACCAGAUCAGAAAUAUCCCUCUUAAUGAUACAGCACUGCCUGAAAGGCCAAACAAAUAAAGAUGCCUCAUGUAAGCCAAAGUCAUCACCCCACAUUUAAGGGAGAUAUCGUUCUUCCUCACAGCAGACAUGUUGGCCUGUCAUAUUAGGAAAGGCACAUGUGUUAAUAUGUGUAAUAACAUUGACAUUAGCUCUUUUAUAUUCAGGAGUCCCAGUAAGCCAUGACACAAUACCAGGGCCCAAAAAACUGAAGCAGAUAAAUAGAAUGCAGCCAUCAUUUUAUUAUUUACAUCUGUGCUCUUGUUCUGUUAAAAAGGCUAAAUAUUGUGUGGCAGAGAUGCCCUGGCCUACAUGUCAUAUUCUACAGACUUAAGAAAACGUCUUUGUUUGGUACAGAACCUUACAAAAAUCACACCGUAAUUAAUUCAAAUAUGUUUUUCAGUGAAAAUGAGAAUAAUGAUCAUUCUCCUUGUUGUAAUUCAUAUCACAAUAUCAGUCAAUACCGCAAACAACCAUCCUCUGUGUGAGUAUGACAGCUGAAGUUUAAAAUGGUACUGCGCCUCCCUCCCCUGUGUUCUGCUAGGUCACGUGAUUUCCUACCAACAGCCUCAUGAGACGCUGCCUUCACGAACUGCUGUACAAAUGUCAAUUAUCUCUAACAGCAAGACCCCAACAGGAGCUAAAGGUUUUUGUGAUAUUUUUUUCCGUGUUAUCCGAGAUGGGGAAACGCUUCUUGGGGAAAAGCAGCUGGGAAUGUAUGCUGUCUCUUCAUUUUUUAUGUGUAAGCCUUAUGUUUUUUAUGUUGUAUAUUACCACUUGAAUUGUAUAUGUCAGUUUUUCAACCUAAAUACAUUCCCGAUAUACAACCUCAUACUUCCAUAUAGAUGGAGCUGCUUUAACAGUGGAUCUGCAAAUUAAAGCAACCUGUUCCCGAAAAUCUA